CAGUGGUUAUCUAUAUAGUUUGAUGGUUGUGUGUGUUUGUUUUUUGCCAUUUGGUCCUUCUUCUAAACUACUCAUUGUGUUUGUAUAGUUGUAUAAUAUAUAAAAAUUCAUUGUGGCAAAACACAAACACAACAACCAUGUCGGCCUUUAUUGGAAAGUAUGCUGAUGAACUCAUCAAAACUGCCAAAUACAUUGCUACUCCGGGUAAGGGAAUCCUAGCUGCGGACGAGAGCACGGGCACAAUUGGAAAACGUCUUUCAAGCAUCAAUGUAGAGAACAUAGAAUCCAAUCGCCAAGCCCUACGCGAGCUCCUCUUCACUUGCCCCAACGCCCUCCCAUUCCUCUCAGGCGUCAUUCUUUUCGAAGAAACUCUCUACCAAAAGACCUCAGAUGGCAAACCCUUCGUUGAAGUCCUCCAAGAAAACGGUGUCGUUCCAGGCAUCAAGGUCGACAAGGGCACUGUUGAGUUGGCUGGCACUAAUGGCGAGACCACCACUCAAGGCUUCGACUCACUGGGUGCGCGUUGCGCUCAGUACUACAAGGCUGGCGCACGAUUUGCCAAGUGGCGGGCUGUGCUUAAAAUUGGCGUAACUGAGCCAUCUGAGCUGUCGAUUCAACAGAACGCGCAAGGGUUGGCACGUUAUGCGAUUAUAUGUCAGGAGAAUGGACUUGUGCCGAUUGUGGAGCCAGAAAUUUUGACUGAUGGGGCCCAUAGUGUGGAAAAGUGUGCAGCUGUGACUGAGACUGUUCUUGCAGCAGUUUAUAAGGCUUUGAAUGAGCAACAUGUUCUUCUUGAGGGGACUCUUCUUAAACCCAACAUGGUCACUCCUGGUUCUGACAGCCCAAAGAUAACACCAGAAGUGAUAGCAGAGCACACUGUGACAGCCUUACGCCGGACAGUACCACCAGCAGUACCGGGGAUCGUGUUCCUCUCGGGUGGACAAAGUGAGGAAGAAGCAACCCAAAAUCUCAACGCCAUGAACAAGCUCCAAGUGUUGAAGCCAUGGACUCUCUCCUUCUCCUUCGGCCGAGCUCUACAACAAAGUACACUCAAGACUUGGGGUGGCAAGAAGGAGAAUAUCGGCAAAGCUCAAGAGGCGUUCUUGACGAGGUGCAAGGCCAACUCCGACGCCACUCUUGGAAAGUACACUCCUUCUUCAGCCUCCGGUGGCCUCGCCUCGGAGAGCUUGUUCGUUAAGGGUUACAAGUACUAAACAAUUUGAAGAAAGAAGAAGAUAUGAGAGAAAAGCUUACUCUACGUACUCACUAUGCAUGAUCAUAUAAUGUGUUUUUUUUUUCAAGAUUUCAAUUUAUGUUAAUAUAUCAUACUCUUUGGUAUAUAUAUUGUCAACUUCUUUCUUUUUUCCCUUUCUGAUUAAUUAAUAUUUUUUUCUUAUACAAA